AUGGGUACAACGGCAAGCACAGCACAGCAGACAGUCUCGGCUGGCACCUCCUUGGAGGGCCUGCAAGGCAGCAGUACCAUGGAUGGCAGGCAUUCACUCAGUGUGCAGCCCUUCCACACCACAAGCUUGCACAACAGCAAGGCCAAGUCCAUCAUCCCCAAUAAGGUUGCCCCUGUUGUGAUCACGUACAACUGCAAGGAGGAGUUCCAGAUUCACGAUGAGCUGCUCAAGGCCCAUUACAGGAUGGGCAGGCUCUCAGAUGCCACCCCUGAGCACUACUUAGUGCAGGGCCGCUAUUUCCUGGUGCGUGAUGUCACCAAGAAGAUGGACAUGCUGGGCACCUUGGGGAGUUGUGGGGCUCCCAACUUCCGGCAGGUGCCGGGUGGGCUCCCUGUGUUUGGCAUGGGACAACCCAGCCUCUUGGGAUUCCGGAAGGUCCUGCAGAAACUCCAGAAGGACGGGCACAAGGAGUGUAUCAUCUUCUGUGUGCGGGAGGAGCCUGUGCUGUUCUUGCGUGCUGAGGAGGACUUCGUCUCCUACACACCUCGAGACAGGGAGAGCCUUCAUGAGAACCUCAGGAGCCCUGGGCUGGGGGUCAAGGCUGAGAGCCUGGAGCUGGCCAUCCGGAAAGAGAUCCACGACUUUGCCCAGCUGAGAGAGAACACGUACCACGUGUACCACAACACAGAGGACCUGCGUGGGGAGCCGCAUACCGUGGCCAUCCGAGGUGAGGAUGAUGUGCACGUGACCGAGGAGGUGUAUAAGCGACCGCUCUUCCUUCAGCCCACCUACAGGUAUCACCGCCUCCCCCUGCCAGAACAAGGGGCCCCCCUGGAAGCCCAGUUUGAUGCCUUUGUCAGUGUCCUCCGGGAGACCCCCGGCCUUCUGCGGCUCCGAGAUAACCACGGGCUUCCCCCUGCCCUCCUGUUCAGCUGCCAGUCAGGUGUGGGCAGGACCAAUGUGGGCAUGGUCCUCGGUACCCUCGUGCUGUUUCACUACCGUAGAACCUCCUCCCAGCCAGAGGCUGCCUCCUUGCUCACCAAACCCCUGCCCAUGGAGCAGUUUCAGGUCAUCCAAGGCUUCAUCCGCAUGGUGCCCCAGGGGAAGAAGAUGGUGGAGGAGGUGGAUCGAGCAGUCACUGCCUGUGCAGAGUUACAUGACCUGAAGGAAGAGGUCCUGAAGAACCAGAGGAAGCUGGAAGGCAUCAGGCCAGAGAGCCCAGUGCAGGAAAGGGAUAGCCAGCAUGCUGUCCAGCAGAGGGCGCUGUGGAGCCUGGAGCUGUACUUCUACCUGGUCCUAUUUAACUACUAUCUGCAUGAGCAGUACCCCCUGGCCUUUGCCCUCAGUUUCAGUCGUUGGCUGUGUACCCACCCUGAGCUGUACCGUCUGCCUGUGAUGCUGAGUCCAGUGGGGCCCAUGACCCCUGGGGACCUCAUCGCCAAGGGCUCCCUGGAAGCAGAUGAUCUUGUUUCCCCGGACGAGCUCAGCACCGUCAGAGAGAUGGAUGUAGCCAACUUCCGGCGUGUACCUCGCAUGCCUAUCUAUGGCACCGCCCAGCCCAGUGCCAAGGCCCUAGGCAGCAUCCUGGCCUACCUGUCUGAUGCCAAGAGGAAGCUACGACAGGUGGUCUGGAUCAACCUGAGGGAGGAGAUUGUACUGGAGUGUGAUGGGCACAUACACAGCCUAUGGCCACCCGGACCAACCCUGGCCCCUGAGCAGCUGGAAGCCCUGGAGGCCCAGCUAAAGACCCACCUGAGUGCUCCUGCCCCCGACACAAAGAAGAACCCUACCACCCCCAGGUUCCAGAAGUGUCUGACCACACAGGAGGUCUUCAGCCAGCACCAGGGGUCCUGCCUUGGCCUUACCUACCACCGUAUUCCUGUGCCAGACUUCUGCGCCCCCCGGGAGGAGGACUUUGACCGGCUGUUUGAGGCCCUGCGGGCUGCUCUCACCAAGGACCCAGGCACAGGCUUUGUCUUCAGCUGCCUUAGCGGACAGGGCCGGACUACAACUGCCAUGGUGGUGGCUGUGCUGGCCUGCUGGCACAUCGGGGGCUGCCCCGAGGUGGGUGAGGAGGAACUAGUGAGCGUGCCUGAUGCCAAGUUCACCAAGGGCGAGUUUCAGGUGGUGAUGAAGGUGGUACAGCUGCUGCCGGACGGCCACCAUGUGAAGAAGGAGGUGGACGCGGCCCUGGACACUGUCAGCGAGACCAUGACGCCCAUGCACUACCAUCUCCGGGAAAUCAUUAUUUGCACGUACCGGCAGGGGAGUCCCGCAAAGGCCACCAAAGAGGCACAGGAGGCUCGGAGAUUGCAGCUGCGAAGCUUGCAGUACCUGGAACGCUACAUCUACCUGGUCCUCUUUAAUGCCUACCUCCGCCUGGAGAAGGCUGGCUCCUGGCAGACACCCUUCAGCACCUGGAUGCGGGAGGUGGCAACCAAAGCUGGCAUCUACGAGAUCCUCAACCAGCUGGGCUUCUCUGAGCUGGAAAGCAUGGAGGACCAGCCCCUGUCAGGGCUCCGCCACCGCUGGCAGGAGCAGAGCCAAGACCCAGAGCCCUGUGAUGCUGGGGACUUCCUGUAGGCCGCCUUCUUGCUCCUUGCCAGACAGGCUGCAGGCCUGAGGUUCUCAUUGCUUCCGACGAACACUUGCCAGCUUCCUGGAGAGACCGAGGGGCUAAGAGCCUUUGGAAAGAGGAUUUUGUGGAAUGUGUGGACGGCACAGCCAUUCUCUGUAAACCCUUGGGGUGUGUAAUGGCCUCUGGCAAGACCCAGCAUGUGUACCUCACAGACCAGCAGGUGAACAGCC